GUAUUGAAUUUCUCAAAAAGUGUUUAUUUGAUGGUUGUAGUUACUAAUUACUCGCCUAGAACUCUAGUUUUCAGUGCCUAUAUUUUGCAUCUUAACUUCGUAGUUAGAGUUGGAAAUAUCUAAAAUUAAACACCAUCAGGUUGCAAAUAUAAUGAGAUUGGGAAAAUUAAACACCAUCAGAUUGCAAAUAUAAUGAGAUUGGGAAAAUUAAACACCAUCAAAUUGCAAAUAUAAUGAGAUUGGGAAAAGUUUUGGUUCUAGUGAGUUAUUAGUUACUUUUACAAGAUGCCUCAAAAGAAAGAAAUAAUUAUGAUUAUUAAUUUUUACAGAUUAGAAUUUAGUUAACUAGACGUAGAGAUAGGAUGAAGAGGUUUCUAGAAUUAAGCGAUUCUGUAAAAAUCCACAAAACACAUUCUAGAUAUACUCAGUCCACGACAUGCAAGUUAUCUUCUGCAGAAAUACCUCAAAUGAAAAUAAAUAGUUCAAAAAAACAAAAGCAUGGAUAUCAAUUUUUAAUGCUUGAUCAGACAAAGCUUUCAAGGGUACCGUUAAAAAUCGGGCAUAGCCAUCUUUGCAUGCGAAGGUCACUUGAACUAGCGCUUACAGUCCCUUUAAGAAUACCGUAUAAUCAAUAGCUAAACUAAAUUACGUUCCCGGUUUCUUUUGUUUUCAAAUAAUAGAAAACUAGUUUAAAUAGAAUUAAGAAUAAUUGAAAAAAUGAAAGCUGAUACCACAUAAAACAAGAACAGGAAACUGGAAUGUUACGACUACAAGAGUAUAUAUGUACAUAUCUGAAAAUUUAGACUGCUUAGAAUUUUCAUUUAAAGGAUUUUUUAGCCUGUUUUUUUUAAAAAGAUUUUUAAUAAAAAUAGAAAUUCGUGAUUUUUUAAAAAUGCUUAAACGUGUUUAUUAAAUACAUUUUCAACGUUGUUUAUACACUGAGACAACGAAAUGAGACAACGAAAAAACUUUAUUUCUUUUCAAAAAAUAAAACGAAGAGACCGGUGUCAUAUUUUUUUGCCAUGUUUGUAAAAAAGCGCUUUAAGGGUUCCCAACAAGGAUGAGACUUCAGAGACGAUUUCAUUAAAUAUUUUCUCCCUACACACAUCCCUGCAGUUUAAAACAAGCUUAUCUCUUUGCUAUAUAAUGUAAGAUGCCGUUGAAAGAGUUUAUCUAAUACAGCUGACCAAAAUAAACCAAUUCGUAACGUUUAUAAACGUCAUUAAAGUUGCAUUCUUUGUGAUUGACCCUUUAUGUAGUAUUUGAUUUAGAUGAUCUAUUUGUCAUGAUAAAAAACGCUACCCUAAAAAAUGCUACCCUAAAAAGACACUACCCUAUAAAAACGCUACCCUAUAAAAACGCUAACCGAUGAAAACGCUACCCUUUUAAAAACGCUAACCUAUAAAAACCCUAACCUAAUCCCAAAUCUUAUGUUUUGGUGUACUCGGUGCACUUAAGUAUUGAAGAAUAAAACACCUAAUUGUUUAUCAAUUAGUCCUUAUUUUUGUUACUUUACCAAUAAUUUAGAGUGUAGGAUGAAUGUUAUAACAAACUACCAAACAACGCUGAGAUCGCGUUUACAAAGAACUAAUACAGAGAUAGAAUUGAGGAUUCUGGAACCUCUGUCAGAAAAAAUGAAAAAGGGUUCUUGGAACACAUCCUCCCCACAUCUACAUGUAAAAACUUCUUCAGAUUCCAGUUCUCCCCUCUUCUCUAUACCGACCUUUAAUUUUCCUGCAGCAUCUCCAAACCGGUUUAGUUCGAAUUCGAGUAUUCCAACAAUCAUCAAGCCUAACCUACCCUACCAACCAUACUCUCUCUACACCAGGAACACUGCACCCAGCACUGCUCCAUUACAUCGCAGAGCUCAAUCAUUGGAGACCAAGAAUAUGAACAGCACUCGAUACAGCAGAGGGAGACGACUCUCAACAUCAGAAUCUGGUAAACUUAAUCCAAGCCUUUACUUGAGCAGCAGCAGCGGGGAGAUAAACCAGGAGAAUACAGGGGACGAGCUGUUUGGCAAAGUUUACCUUAUUGCCAACUUUUCUGAAGGAGUUCUCAAGAUACGCUUAAAGAAACUUAAACUUAAUUCAGGAGACUACAAUAAUAUCGGGAUAUAUGUCAGGCUUCAACUGUUGCCUGGUUCUGGAGAGAAUUUUCAGUCCAGUACACAGUUCGGGGAGGAGAAAAGAAACUUUAAUGAAGAUUUCUUCUUCAAUAUAAAAGAAAGCAGAACAGUUUCCCUGUGGGGGGUUGUUUAUGAAUCUGAUAUCAAACCAAGAGUUCUAACAAAUUUCUACAGAACUAUUCGAGCGUAUGGGGAAAAUCUGAUAAUACGGUGUGCUCUAAGACAUGAUACCAGUGAGACCUUUAUAGAGGAUGACAUAAAAAGGAUAGAACUACAGAUAGCGCUGAAAUAUAUAGAUUCGGAAGGAAAAAUGUCAAUAAUCGUACACAAAUGUAAACUACCGAAUUCUCUGAUAGAAAUCAGUCAAAGUUUGUACAUCAAGAUUUGGUUCGGAUUCCUAUUAAAGCAGUUGUGGUUUGGUUUCCCUAAAACAACUUUGGUUUGGUUUCCCCUGAGCAGUUUUGAUUUGGAUUCCAAUUAG